UACUGGUGUGCUUGAAGUGUAAUCAAUCGAAGUACUGGAGUUGAAUGAGAAGGAGUGGCCCUCCAACAGAGACUGGAACAGGUUGUUUCAUUGCAGUUGAAACACAGUGAAGAUUGCUAGGCGUUGCAUAUCUCGAGCUGCGCUGGUGAUAGUUGGAGUCAAGUUACAUUGAAUUUUGGGAAUGGACGACAUGAAGAUUGUAUCCGAAAAUAAGCAGGGUGUCGAAAAUGCAGCAUUUGAAAUAGAGGAGGUUGCAUCUGCCAAGUCCUUGGAUGACCCACAGCCUCAACCAUCUGGAAGGAUAAAGAAUCCCAAAGACCUGAGUAAAGUAUCUGAGUCCAUCUCAAGAGCAAAGUUGGCAUACAAAGCUCAUUCUCUUCUAAUCAAACGUAUCAUCAUAGGCAUCGUCCUCGCAGCCUUUCUGGGAUUUCUCAUCACUGCCUGCAUACUGAACCUUCAACGAGCCCUCGCCCUCCUCAUCAUAACUUGCGUGGUUGCUUUCUUCGUCAUUUAUGAUCUCCUAAAAAGGUUGCUGGGAAAACGGAUCAUUCAUCUCUUCAGCCCUGUGAGUUCCUACCUCCAGGAGCAUACCCGAUGGUUUAAACGGAUACUUAGUUUUCUGGCUUUGGUGGGAUUGAUUACUUGGCUGGCCAUUGACACAGCAAGAAGGCCGGAGCAGUUGGUCUCCUUCGGAGGAUUGUGCCUGCUCGUCUUCUUACUCUUCAUCUUCUCCAAAAGGCAUCGGGCGGUGUCCUUUCGAGCUCUGUUUGUGGGACUGGGCAUGCAAUUUGUUCUUGGCAUCUUCAUUAUCAGAACGGAACCUGGCUUUCAGGCUUUCAACUGGCUUGGCAAACAAGUUCAGAUCUUUUUGAACUACACAGUAGCCGGUUCCAGUUUCCUGUUUGGAGAUGAACUGAUCAAUGGUCUUUUUGCUUUUCAGGCAUUGCCAAUUAUUGUUUUCUUCAGCUGUGUGAUGUCUAUUCUCUACUACAUUGGUGUGAUGCAGUGGCUGAUUAUUAAGAUUGCAUGGUUGAUGCAAGUUACAAUGGGAACAUCAGCAACAGAAUCUCUGAGCGUUGCUGGCAAUAUCUUUGUGGGGCAGACAGAGGCUCCACUUCUCAUCAGACCCUAUUUAAUGGAAAUGACCAAGUCCGAAAUUCAUUGCGUAAUGACUGGAGGUUUUGCCACAAUUGCUGGCAGUGUACUAGGAGCUUAUAUCUCCUUUGGGAUUAAUGCUUCCAGUUUGAUAGCAGCCUCAGUGAUGGCGGCACCAUGUGCACUCGCUCUAUCGAAACUCAGCUACCCAGAACUAGAAGAAUCCAAAUUCAUGAGUGAAGAAGGAGUGAAACUGGAUUGUGGAGGAGAACAGAAUAUUCUAGAAGCUGCAAGUAAUGGCGCCUCUGCCUCUAUAAGUCUGGUUGCUAACAUCGCUGUGAACCUGCUUGCAUUUUUGGCCGUUCUGGAGUUUUUAAAUGCAGCUCUCUCCUGGUUUGGAGGUAUGGUGGACAACCCAGAGCUUAGCUUCCAGGUGAUCUGUUCCUAUGUCUUCAUGCCGCUUGCCUUCAUGUUGGGUGUGGAGUGGAAUGAUUCCUUCCUCGUGGCCGAACUGAUUGGAGUCAAACUCUUUCUCAAUGAGUUUGUAGCCUACCAGAAACUUUCUGUGUACCAGAAAAACCGAAUGGAUGGUGUAGAAGAAUAUAUCAGUGGCAAAAAGCAGUGGAUUUCAGUCAGAGCAGAGACGUUAACUACAUAUGCCCUUUGUGGCUUUGCUAACUUCUCUUCAAUUGGUAUCAUGCUUGGAGGACUCUCUGCCAUAGCUCCAAAGCGUAAGAGUGACAUGGCAGAAAUCGUCAUCCACGCUCUAUUUACAGGAUUCAUUGUCUCAUUGGUGAAUGCGUGUGUCGCAGGAAUUCUCUUUGUGCCCAGGGAGGCUGUGGACUGUGUGAGGUACCUCAACAACAGUGCCUUCAAUGGGACCAGUGUUGACCUCUUCAAUUGCUGCGAGAAUCUUUGUGACAGUGUGCUGACCAGUGGAAAUGGAACGAUUUCUUUCAUUGGACAAUGGUCAAGUGUCAAUCAGAGUGUAACAUUUUUGAAUAACUGUUGUGGUCUGUAUAACAAUAGUGUCUGUAUGAUAUGAAUUGAUGCAUUUUCCCUUUGUGAAGAAGAUAACAUCUACAAACCAAAUAAACAUUUGCUUCUUAAUAUGAUAAA